CUGGGCCUUUACUUUAUAACCAAAUCGGGUCGACCAAUUUUACUAAAAGAAAAGACAACGCUUCGCAGUAGAAGAACUGCAGGAGUGAUUGAAAAUCUCAACUGACUAAGUUCUACUGAAACGAACAAAACACAAUCUCAUUCCUCAAAUCAAACUCAGUAGCGUCCUCGAUUCAACAAACCCUCGCUAUGAAGAAGACGCUAGGGUUCCGUCAAACCGACGCUAACUGGACACUAUCCCCUACCAUUCGCGCAGCAGUUACCGGCAUUGCCACCAUGGCUGCCGUCGGUAUCAUAUUCGUUCUAAAAGAUACCAAAUUGUCGAAACCAAUUACAUCAUUGGUUAAAUAUAACAAGGCUUCUGAAAAACAGCUUUUGAUUCCCGGCUUGCAAAACCUCGGGAAUAAUUGUUUCCUCAACGUCGUUUUGCAGGCUCUUGCUAGUUGUGUUUGCUUUCAGAGUUUUCUUGAUGGUGUUAUUGCGGAAUAUGUGAAGGAUGAACAGCUCGAUGAAAACUUGUCUCUAGUCUUUUCUUUGGCUUCUUUAUUACAAGAGCUGAGCUCAGUUAGUACAGAAAGUGUUGUAUUGAGCCCUACAAAUUUAAUGCGUGCUAUGUCCUGCUACAUUCCAGAUUUUGAUCUGACAAGCCAGCAGGAUGCUGCUGAGGCGUUUCUUCACCUACUGUGCUCUUUGAGAGAAGAAUCUGGAGGUUGUUAUACUCCAAAGAUAAGUUCUUUAGCAGACAUUUUUGCUUCUAAUAAUAGAAUUCUUACUCCAAUACAGACGGAUUGGCAGAGUGAGCCAGAGAGAUGGCACCGCCUCUUCCUUGGACCCUUUGACGGGGUUCUUUGUAGCAGCUUAACUUGUCAAAGCUGUUCGUCCCAGAUCUCAAAUAAAUUUGAAAAUUUUGAUUGUUUGCCUCUUUCGCCCGUGCUUAGUAAUAGUUACACUGUAAGAGUUGGUUGUACACUGGUGGAUUGCCUAAAGCAGUUCAUUGUAGCUGAACACAUCGAAAACUACCACUGCAGCCACUGUUGGCAUAACGCCGCAAUCAAGUAUCUUUCUUUGAUGGAAGGAGACAAGGUAGAACUUGGAAAACUUAGGAGAUGUUCUGACCAAGAAUUUUGCGAUUGCCAAAAAACAUAUAAUCUUGAAAAUCUACCGUGGUCAAACAGGUUUUCACAUGCUUUGAAGCAGCUAAAUAUUGCUCGGUGUCCAAGGGUAUGCCUAAUUUUGAUAUCUGGCAUCUAUCUGUUCUUUUGUUGUUCAAUCUCUAAACUACUGAAACAUUUAAUUGUCUGGUGGCAGAUUUUAUGCAUCCAGCUGAAAAGAGCUCACAUGAAUGAUGUUGGAGAGUCAUUCAAACUCCGGGGCCAUAUUUCUUUUCCAUUGAAUUUGGAUGUGUCAUUCAUGACAACUAGACUAGGAGUAAAUAUGCAGGAAGAUGUACAAAGUCCGCCAUUAAAUAUGCAGCAUAACAAAAAAAAUUCUUUGCCAAACCAUAGCAAUCUGCAUUCUAAGAUAAGAAUGAUUGAAUCCAGUGGCAUUUAUGGAGAAGCAAAAGAGCAGAUCGAUGCAGAUACUCUUAUUGAUGAUGUAGUUAUCUCUGCAACUAGUAGACGAGAACUUGAUGAACUUCUGUGUUCUGGCUCUUCAGAAAGCAUUCACUCAAACACACAGUUGCAAUCCAUUGACACGGUCGAAGUUUCUCGUAAUUCAGUUUCUCAAGACACAUGUUUGUAUCAACUUGUUUCUGUUGUGGAACACUUUGGAAGAACUGGAGGAGGGCAUUACAGUGUUUACAGAUGUGUGAGAUCCGAGUUCUCAGACGUCUUUGGCGAUUGCUUCAAUCAAAAUUCAAUGCACUGGUUUCGUGUUUCAGAUUCUCAUGUGGAUGCUGUUUCAGUGGAUGAUGUUCUUUCUGCUGAAGCUAGCUUGCUUUUCUAUGAGAGAAUUCCAAAUAACUGAAAAUUAAUUCUUCUGUCUUGCUUAGGGAAGUUUUGUGUUAAGGAAAUUGUUCUUAGUUAGAGGAGUCUAUAGUGUGGCGUUUAACAUGACGAAGGGUGGUGGUGUACAUGUAAUGAAGUUGUUCAAAUUUCCAAACAUAGGCAUGACUCAAUACCUCAAUACCUUAAAAAGAAAAGAAAAAGUUAAACCCGAGCUUUUGAAGAGGGUAAUUACAAUAAAGAUGUGAUCCUGAAA